GUCUGCGCAUUCUGCUCUGGAUUUUAAGCAUAUUUCUGGCAGCUCUCCUUCAGGAACUGCCUCUACAAGUCUUUCAGUGUUCGCCUCUGGAGCUCUGCUCGGGCCCGCGAGUUCUCCUGGCGUUGCCAUCCGUGGCCUUUUCCUUUUUAUUCUCCAUCACCCGUCUCUCUGGUGAGCUGCUUCCGAUCAGCCUCCAGGUCCACGAUUUCUCUUCUGUUGUCCUACUCUGCCUUCUCACCUCAUCCUCUGAGACCUGAAUUUUGAUGGCUCUACUUUUCAAUUAUAUUAUUCUUUUUCAAACCUGGGCAUUCAUUUCUAGCGUCUUGCUCUAUCCUGUGUCUGACUGUGCCUCCCGCACCUUCUCCCUUCUCUUGCCCUAAGCCCUGUGAAGGCGCCGGGCCUUUGGCUCCGGCUGUUUCCCACGGCGCCCAGAACCGCGUCAGUCCUGACACAGACUCGGUGAGGGCGGGAAGUGGUGCCGUGGGGCUGCAGCCCGGCUCGCCCGCUCCAUCGGCCCAGGGUGGCCCCACCGGCCUCCGGGCCUCACCUGAGUUCAGGCCGCGGGAGAGGUUCGGUCUGCGGGAGAAGCUCCCGCGCUGCUCAUGACGUCACGGGACUGUGACGCGCCCAGUAGCCCCGCCCCUCGCGUCCCGGGCCGGGGACCCAGGCUCUCUGCGCCGUGACGUCACGGGUCCGGGCGGGCGGGUUGUGCGUCCGCCCAAUGGGAGCGGCGCGCUGGCCUCCCCUUUAAGGAAUGUUGUGACCUGACGUCACCGGGCGAGUUACCUCCCGCAGCCGCAGCCGCCGUGCUCAGCGCGAGCCCCGGAGCCCUUGAGCGCGAGGCACGGAGCCCCCGGAGCCCCCAAACCGCAGCCACAUCCCCACGCCUCAGAGCCCCGGCCUGCGCGCCCAGCUGGGCCCGCGCGAUGCCCUCAGACCGGCCUUUCAAGCAGCGGCGGAGCUUCGCCGACCGCUGUAAGGAGGUACAGCAGAUCCGCGACCAGCACCCCAGCAAAAUCCCGGUGAUCAUCGAGCGCUACAAGGGUGAGAAGCAGCUGCCCGUCCUGGACAAGACCAAGUUUUUGGUCCCGGAUCAUGUCAACAUGAGCGAGUUGGUCAAGAUCAUCCGGCGCCGCCUGCAGCUGAACCCCACGCAGGCCUUCUUCCUGCUGGUGAACCAGCACAGCAUGGUGAGUGUGUCCACGCCCAUCGCGGACAUCUACGAGCAGGAGAAAGACGAGGACGGCUUCCUCUACAUGGUCUACGCCUCCCAGGAAACCUUCGGCUUCUGAGCCAGCAGCCCCUGCCUGUCUGCCCAUCUGCCCCUCACCCACCCGAGGCUCUGCCCACCGCCUGGACCUGCCCACCCCUGAAAGACUGGCCCCUGGCUCCCCGCCCCUCGGUCUCCACGUGGUGUAUGGAUCUGUGGUCAUUGUCCCUCUGCAGAAUAAAGAUUGCUCAGGCCUGCCUGGC